AUGAUAAUACGAAAACGAUCAAUAAACGGCUCGAUAGCCAACAAGGAAAAACUAAAUGAAAAGAAACUCCAAAAUAUUACAAUUAAAAAUUAUGAAAUAAAUGAAGAUAAGAAGAAAACAUUUUUUGAUUAUUAUUCUUGUAUAUAUCCGUUUAAUAUGCCUAUAAGUUUAUAUAAAUAUCCUCCUAUAUUUGGUCAUUGCAGUUUAAGCAAUUUUCAAGAAAUCGGAGCAAAACGGUUAGCUCUCUUGCAAUUUUUCGACACAUAUACAAUUGGAGAAGAGAAAGAUAGCCAUGAUAGUAAUAAUACUAGUGGCGACGGUUAUAAAAAACUAGAUAAAAAUAAUUCGAUGGAGAAUAAAAAUAAACAAAUUAGACAAAAAAUAUAUGAAUAUAAAUUUGGUAUCCAAUCUAUGAAAAACUAUAGUAAAGAAGAAAUGGAAAAUAUUAUAAUGGCAGAUUUAUUAUCUCAUUAUAUAUUAAGAAUAGCAUUUUCAAGGGAUAAAGAAAAACAGAAAUGGUUUUUAAAACAAGAAUUAAAAUUGUUUACAUUUAGAUUAAAUGAACUAAAAAAUAUAAACGUUCUUAAUCAAGACAAUUUAGGUGAAAGCGAAAGAGGAUUAAUAUACUUAUUAAAACGGGAAAAUUUAAAUUAUGAUUUUAUUCCAAAGCCUUCAGCGGCUUAUAUCAGUAAUAAUGAUAAAUGGAAUAAAUAUACAGCGUUUAUUCAAAAUAGAGAUACUAUAGAAAAAUUAUUUAAAGUUCCAUUUUUUCCAGAUGCAUAUUUUUUAGUUAAAGAUCAUAAAGUAUGUGUUGAAAAAGGGGUUGCAUAUGUCCCAGAUAUAUACUUAGAUGCAAUAUUAAUUACUCAAUUUAAAAUAAAUAUUCAAGAAUCUUUUAAAUAUUUAGAACAAAAUGAAAAACUGCUUUUAGAUGCACAAAAUGAUAGUAGAAUAUCGGCCUUUUUGACAGCAUUACCAAAAGCUUAUGUAGCAAAAGAUUUUAGACAAAAUUAUGAACAUACAGAAGAUACAAGAUUGAUGCCACAAAAUUUGUAUAACAUAUAUAAACAAUCCUUUCCUCCAUGUAUGCGAAGAAUAUUUGUUAAUUAUAUAAAAGACAAACAUUUAAAGCAUUGGGGAAGACAGCAAUUAUGGCUAUUUCUUAAAGGAGCAGGAAUGACACUUGACGAAAAUAUUCAAACUAAUAGAUCAAUAUGGAUGCAACCAGAUAAAUUUGAUAAAGAGCAUAGAUAUACUAUACGUUAUAUGUAUGGUAAAGAAGGAAAAAAAACAGAUUUUACUCCAUAUAACUGUUCAAAAAUAAUUAAUAAUUUUCCUAUUCCAUCCAGUGGGGACACACAUGGUUGCCCUUUUAAAAAUUUUGAUGAGCAUCAUUUAAAAAGUCUCCUUUUUUUCUUUGGAUUAAAUGAUGAUCAAAUUAAAGCUAUAAUGCCAUUUAAAAAAAAUAACGAAUAUCAAUUAGCUUGUGUUAAAUUUUUUACGGAAACUCACCCAAACUCUCCUGGAGACGGGGUAGGAAAUCACCCAAAUUCAUUCUAUGUCGAAAGUAGAAAGUAUUACAAAUCAAAAAUGGCGCAAGUACCCAAAAAAUAA